AUGUCUUUCGACGCUGAUGUCCUCGUCGUCGGUGCUGGACCUGUGGGUCUCGUCGGUGCCCUUGCACUCGCUAUGAAUGGCGUGAAAGUGCGCAUUGUUGAGAAGCUACCCGUUCCUGCCAUCGGUCAACGCGGCGCCGGCAUGCAGCCUCGCACGAUGGAGACGUACCGCGCGCUCGGUAUAGUUGACGAGGUGAAAGCCACUGGCAUCGUCGUGCCUAACGUUCAGACAUACGAUUUCGAAGGCAAUCCCAAAGAGGUCGUUCCCAUGAUGGAUUGGGGCGAGAAGACGCCCGGCGUUCCCAAGCCAGAAGCUUGGUUGAUUGGCCAGGACUGGAUCUGCAAGAUCGUGAGCCGGAACUUGAAGGAGCGUUUUGGCGUGGAAGUAGAGUUCGGCAACGAGCUUGUCAGCAUAGAUCAGGAUGCGUCGGGUGCAACGGCUACCGUUCGCGUCGAUGGAGUCCUCAAGGAGAUUCGCGUCAAGUAUGUCAUUGGCACGGAUGGCGGCAAAGGUAUCACUCGCAAGCUGGCGGGCGCUAACAUGGUUAGCAAGUCAGACGCUGAAGCCAGGUCGGUCAUCGGGGAGCUCGUGUUGAAAGGUUUCAACCCAGACACAGAGAACAUUCAUCAGUUCCUCGACGCAAAGGGAAACUGCCUCAUGAUCCGCCCUGUGCAUGAAGAUCCUGGCUUAUUCUCUAUCUUCGGGUAUGACCCUGAUCUCGAUACUGCGAGGGCUGCGAAGGACGUCGACUACCUCCUUCAAUGGAUACGUGCCAUCAUGAGGCACAAGGACAUAACUAUUGAAUCAGUCUCGUCCUUGGCCGAGUGGAGGCUGAACGUGCGCAUAUGUGAGAAGUUCCAGGCGGGGAGGAUCCUGCUGGCUGGUGACGUAGCCCAUCUUCAUAGCCCUACUGGUGGUCAAGGCCUCACUAGUGGCGUCAUGGACGUGAGGAACCUGAGCUGGAAAGUCGCGCUCGCAUGCAAAGGUCUCGCAUCCCCCACCCUGCUCGACUCCUACAGCGAAGAACGCGUCCCCGUCAUCGCCGAGAUGCUCAAGAUAACAACGCAGUUCGCCGAAGCCACCUUCAAAGCCAACCCGGACCCCGACGCGUUCAAGCGCCCCGCAUUUCUGGGCCAGCUCGGCGUGCACUACCGCUGGAGCCCGAUUGUGUACGAUGGGUUGCGUGCAGGCGAGGCCAAGUUCGGGAGUACCAACCUCGCUCCGUCGAGCACGUACGGAGGCGGCGAAGGCUCGCGCUUAGAGGCGGGCGAUCGCGCCCCGGAUGCUCCCGGUCUUGUGGGUCCCAACGGCGAGACCGCGCUCUUCGACAUCUUCAACGUCGCGCGUCACACGGUCCUCAUCUUCAGUCUCGCCCAGGCUGCGACUGUGCGUGCGGCUGUGGGGCGGUACCCUGAAGGUCACAUCGACGUUGUGGUGUUGCUCCCCAGGGGCGUCGAGCAACAGGAAGAUUACCUUGUUGAUUCUCAAGGACACGCUUUUCAAGGGUACGGGGUGGAGGCGGGGGUUGCGGUGGCUAUUGUUCGUCCGGAUGGGGUUGUGGGUGCUCUCCUCAAAGCUGGCGAAAGCGUGGAUGUGUAUUUCUCUCUCAUCUUCGCCCUCUGA